AGCUUCAACUUGAACGACAAGGCUAAGUGCUUCACAAAGUGUAGACAAGGGGGAAGUUUCUCCUGCAAUGUGGGAGGCUUGCAGAGAUUCUGGCUAAACUACGAAAACUACCUGGUGGAGAACAGUUUGACAGAGAGAGUGAAUACGUGUUUUGUGAAGGCUUUGGUCCAGAACAUCAGUACAGACACCUCGGAAGACCUGCACUUCUCUCUGGAACCCUCUCAGAUUCCAAGGCAGGUGAUGAAGGGUGAGGACAAGCCACCUGACAGAGUCCGACUUCCCAAGAGCUUUUUUGGAUCCCUGCCAGGCAACAGGUCUGUGGUCCGGUUGGCCAUAACUGUUCUGGACAUCGGUAUGGGGAAUCUCUUCAAGGGUCCCCGCCUCCGCCUGGAGGAUGGCAGCAGCGUGCUGAACAAUCGCCUCGUGGGCUUGAGUUUGGGCCAAACGCAUGUCACCGGGCUGCCUGAGCCUUUAGAGCUCACCUUCUCCCACCAGCAUCAGCCCCCUAACAUGACCCUCACCUGCGUAUUCUGGGAUGUGACGAAAGGACCAACAGGCGACUGGGCUUCUGAGGGCUGUUCCACUGAGCUCAGAGCCAACGGGACUGUCUGCCGUUGUGACCACCUGACCUUCUUUGCCCUGCUGCUGAGGCCCACCUUGGACUGGGCCACCGUGCAGGCCCUCACGCGCAUCUCUCAGGCGGGCUGCAGUGUCUCCAUGAUCUUCCUGGCCUUCACCAUCAUUCUCUACAUUGUCCUGAGGCUCUACUGGCACAGGUUCAAGUCAGAAGAUGCCCCCAAGAUCCAUGUGGCCCUGAGCAUUAGCCUGUUCCUCCUGAAUUUAACCUUCUUAGUCAAUGUGGGGAGUGGCUCGAAGGGGUCCGAUGCUGCCUGCCAGACCCGCGGUGCCAUCUUCCACUACUUCCUGCUCUGUACUUUUACUUGGAUGGGGCUGGAGGCCUUCCAUCUCUACCUGCUCGCCAUCAAGGUCUUCAACACCUACUUCGGGCACUACUACCUGAAGCUGAGCCUGGUGGGCUGGGGCCUGCCUGCCCUAAUAGUCAUCGGCACUGGGAGUGCCAACAGCUAUGGCCGAUACACCAUCAGCGACAAGGAGAACCGCACCUCGCUGGAGCUAUGCUGGUUCCAUGAGAAAACUGCCCUCUAUGUCACCGUCCAUGGCUAUUUCCUCAUCACCUUCCUCGUCAGCGCUGUGGUCCUGGCCCUGGUAGCCUGGAAGAUCUUCACUCUGUCGAGUGCCACUGCGGGCAAGGAGCAGAGGCAGCCCUGGAAGGGGGUCCUCACCGUGCUGGGCCUCUCGAGCCUCCUGGGCAUGACGUGGGGACUGGCCAUCCUCACGCCCCUGGGCCUGUCCACCAUCUAUGUCUUCGCAUUUUUCAACUCCCUUCAAGGUGUCUUCAUCUUCUGCUGGAUCGCCAUCCUCUACCUCCCAAAUCAGGGCACCACGUCCUCCUCUUCUGGCACUGCCCGACUGGACCUGACCCACUCCAUGUCGCAUGAAUAG